UUUCUUUUUCUUUUUUUUUUCACCAAAUUAACACCCCAAAAAUACACUCAUAUUAGAUGGUUGCCUGCAUGCACUUUGUUAUUGUUUUUGUUUGUCACCAUUUUUUACUUCCUGUUUUGCAUUAAAGUACAGACAUUUAAAUUGUUAAUAAUCACAUUUUGGUAUUUUUAAAGUAAAUAUUUUUAAUUAUUUUGGGCGUUAAUUUAUCUGUUUUAGAUAAAAAAUGGGUUUCUGCAAUUUAAUUAAUUUUUUUUAUCAAAAAUGUAUUAAUCUUUCCGACUAUAAAUAGGUCACAUCAUACACUUAAAUGCACCCAUUAAUGAAAUUGAGAAAAUGCCAUGCACUAAUAUGCCUUAAAUAUUUUUUAUUUAAUUCCUUAGUUAACUUUCUUCAUGUUUUCUAAAUUUAAUUUAUUUUGAAAAUUAUCUGGCUAAUUUUCUUCAAUAUUUUUGAUUAAAUAUUAACAAAGCUGACACCCGAUCAGAGACGGAGGCAAUUGCGAAUUGCGAUUCGCAAUUGCUGAAGUUGAUAAAUUUAGGUUCAUAUAGAAAUCCUAAUGGGCCGUUGAGUAAGGCCAUAUCGCGCAUUAUCGUUUCUAAUUUCUUCCUCUUAUCCCUACUUCUGUUUAAAAAAUUUUCUUUUUAAAGAUAAUUAAUUAAAAAUAAAAAUUAUGCUCAUUAAAACGGCCAAAUGCUUAGUUUGUGGAGCUAGAAAUGCCAAACAACAUUAUGGUAGUUGGUGUUGUAAUGGGUGUAAAGGCUUCUUCUGGCGUACAAUUUCGUGCCGUCGAAAUUAUAUUUGUUUAAAUGUUAACAACAAUUCUGUUUUUGUUAAAUGUGAAAUUGAACAUGGUCGUCGAAAUAGUUGUAGAGCCUGCCGUCUUGAACGAUGCUUGAAAGUUGGGAUGGAUCCAAAUUUGAUUAGAGACAGCUGGGGGAAAAGUACAGCUUUGCGCUCUCGAGAUGAAAAUUGGGAUGGGACUGGUCCAAGUCAGCGAGCUUUUACAUUACCCGAAUCGGAAAUGAAAAAAGCUAGAAGAUUGGAGAAGAGGCAAAGAAAAUCUGAAAUUAAAGAAUCUGAGGGAUUGACACCCAAGAAUGAGCCUAAUGUUGGAAUUUCGAUGGUUUCGAGAAAUACAGAGGAAACCAGUUCUGGAUUACCCAGCCAAGGACGAGUUAAAUUACUCAGUGAUUAUCUUGAAUGGAUACAAUCUUUGCAUGAAUUGGAAUUAUUUAAUGAACAGGAGAAGAAUUUCAUAGUUAUGGGCCGUUCCAGACCUUCUGGAUGGUUAUUAUUGGCCAGUCAAUUAUUAUUUCCAACAGAACAAAAACAAGAAUCUCCUCCAAUAUCUUUACUUUUACUAAGUCCUUCCAAAAUGGAGGUCUUAAAAACUGAAAUUGUUAAUCCAAUUCGGGAAUUAAAUGUUAGCCGAUUGGAAUUUGAGUUGCUUAGAUUGAUUUGCUUUUUUAGUCCUGUUCCACAAUUGAGCUCGGAAAGUAAAAAAAUUGUGCAAGCCAUUCAAAACAGUUAUUCAAGCUCUCUAAGUCAAUAUUCUCUCAGAAAUUCCAUCUCUUCCAUAAUUAUGCCAAUCUCAUCCAAUUCUGACCCUUUUGCUGGGGCAAUGUCCAGAAUAACUCGAAUUGUUCAUUUAUUGUCAGUUGUUGAGGUAUCAUUUACUUUGACAUUAUUGAAAAUAAUUUUUGUCUAUUUUUCAGAGAAUUUCAUAUCAAUAUGA